AUGUAUAAAGCCAUCACGUCACUUUGGUCUAAGUCAACAACAUCAAAUAAAACUCAAUUAUCAUCAGAUGUACUCAUUGAUGAAGAUAGUUGGGUAUUUGUUUCGGAUACAGUACAACCAUCAAUAAAACAUAAUAAUUUGAUGAUAAAUAGUUGGAUAGAACCAGUGUCUGUAUAUAAAACUGACGAAUCAUCAGUUCAUGCACAUCAUUUUAAUCCAAUUGAGAAUUUACUUAUUGAACAUGCGAGUAUGAGUGUUUAUGAACAAAUUGCUUCGAAAACACGAAAUAGACGUCAAAGAAAACCUAUUAAUGAUAAUAAACUUGAUGAACAAGCUGAGGAAGUGGAAGAACAAGAUGAUGAUGAUGACGAUGAUAGAACAUCAAUGAAUCAUCAUCAUCUAAAUUUAACUUCAAUUCAUAACCGAAAUAUGAAUAUUUCGACAAAUUCUUUCGUAACAACUCUUGAAUCAUCAACAUUAUCAUUGACUGCUCAUCAUCGUCAUUUACAACGGUUACAUCAACGACGUAAACGAACAAAUAAAUCAUCAUCAAAAUUAAUUUUACCAAAUACAAUUGAUGAACCAAAACAAGAAUUCAAUGAAAAUAUUGAUUUAAAUCAUAAACAUAAAAUUCAUCUUCAACAAUCUUCUUAUUCAAAAUAA